AUGGAGCACUCCGAGAGUCACUGUGAUUUUAGGUACCGUAGGCGCAUUAAGGUUGAGGAGGUCGUGGGAACUAUGCGUAAGAUGAACAGGGGCAGAGCGACUGGGCAGGAUGAGAUCCCGAUUGAAUUUUGGAGGUAUGUGGGUAGAGAGGGCCUGGAGUGGCUGUCCGAGCUGUUCAAUGUUAUUUUUAAGACGAAGCAGAUACCAGAGGAAUGGAGAUGGAGUACGAUGAUUCCAUUGUACAAGAACAAAGAGAAAGCGUACGACAAGGUCCCAAGGGAGGUUCUUUGGAGAUGCUUGGAGGUAAAAAAUGUUCCGGUAGCAUACAUUUGUGUGAUUGCGGACAUGUAUAAUGGAGCCAAGACUCGGGUUAGGACAGUAGGAGGAGACUCGGAGCAUUUUUCGAUGGUUAUGGGGUUACACCAAGGAUCUGCGCUAAGCCCUUUAUUAUUUGCACUGGCGAUGGACGCACUGACGCAUCAAAUUCAAGUGGAGGUGCCAUGGUGUAUGUUGUUUGCUGAUGAUAUAGUUUUGACUUAUUAG